AGGAAAUAUGAAUACCUUAUUGUUUUGUUUUCUUCUUACAGGAUUCAAUUAUGUCAUGUCCGAAGAACCCGUGGACUCUCAAUUAGAGGGUAGCUGGCUCGAAAGAAUAUCUAAAUUAGAAGUGAAAGUUGCCAUCAUUGAGAAUGAGAUUGAAAUGCGGGAUAGACUGAUAAAAGAUAUACUUGCUGAUCAAAUUGCUGGAAUGAAAGCAGCCAUGAGACAAAGGGUCAAUUCCACUGUUGCCUUUAGUUCAGAAGCUCCAGACCGUAGUAAAUACAGUACCGGGGAUACAAUUGUUUUCAAAAACGCUGUCUUAAAUGAAGGAAAUGUCUAUGACUCAUCCACAGGCGAGUUCAAUGCACCAGAAAACGGUCUUUACCAGUUUUCGGUACACGUAUGCAAUUCUGGUGGUGAUAAUGUUGCUUAUGCUAUCGUCCAUGACGAUGCUCUCAUAGCAUCAAGCGUUCAAUUCCAACAUUCUGGAAGCAGCUGUUCCUCAGUAAACGCCCUUCGUGUGGUUGAUAAAGGACAGAAAGUGUACGUGAAGUGUACUUUUCCAACAGUGAUGGAAGAAGAUGAGUGGCGAAGUGCAAUGUUCAUGGGAAUUUUGCUUCAUUCGUUUUACUAGAUAGAAAAAUCAUAAAUUAUAGACAAUGCUUUUGAAUGCAUAAUGUUGUGUUAUAGGCUUUUGUUUCGCAUUAAAAUAAUUUUAGACCAUAAUGUACUCGAUAAGUAAACCUACUAGUGACUUGAACUCGCUCUUUUUAAAGUUAUGUUUUG